AUGGACACUCGACCGUUCUGCCCUCCCAGCCGAGUUUUCCGGGACAUAUUUCUCGCCCUUAACCCCACAGAACUCACUAUCGACCUGCUUGAGAAGCACCUCCUUGCAGCUGAGACUAGCAUAGUCGCUGUAGGUGCUGCUCGUGGCACUCCCCGCACGCCCUUCUUUGAGGGGUGCUCCCCCUCGCCCCAUGCCCCCUCUGUUGCUUCUGCUGCUGCUGUCGACUUCCUUGGUGCUGAGGAGGUCGGUGCUGCUUCUGCUCCUAGUGGGAGGCGCCGCAGCGGCAAGGGCAAGGGAGGCAAGGGUGGUGGGGGUGGCGGCGGGUGGGGUGGUAGUGGAGGCGGUGGAGGCGAUGGAGGUGGCGGAGGUGGCGGUGGGAGUGGUGGUGGGAGCGGGGGCGUCGGUGGCGGCGGUGGCGGCAGUGCUGGGGGUGGUGGUGGUGGUCUCGACGACAGUGGGAGUGGUGGCGGCGGUAGUGGCGGCGGAGGGGGCGGUGGCGGCGGCAGUGGUGGUGGUCGGGCUGGAGCCGGUCAGCGCCAGCAGCAGCAGCAGCGUCAGCGUGAGACCCCCACGCCCCAGCAGCUUCGUGAGUGGUACACUCAGCGUGGGGCGUCUAAGGGUAGUGCUCGCUGCUCGUACGUCAUUCGCACAGGGGACUGCGCUGGUCAGGCGUGUGGGAAGCAUCGCUAUUUCUCCCGCCUAGACGACGCUUGGCGCACUGAGUUUGGCGAUGAGGCUGAGAUGCCCCGCUGGGCAGAGUGGUGUUGA